UAGAAGUACAUGCAAUACUGUGAAUUAAUCAUUAAAUAAGUAAUAGCUGAAUGAAACAAUAAUUAUUUAUUUUAUAAGUCAAUAUUUCAACAUGGCUAAUAAAAAGAAAAAUAAUAGCUGGUUAAUGUCAUCAUUUGAUUAUGGUACUACUACUACAACUAACAAAUCUUUAACUAAGAGGACUUAUUCUCAAAUAUCUUGUGAUGAUCAUACAGAAAUUGUUUAUGAUAUUAUUUCAAAGAAGAAAAAUACUUUUAAUAUAUCAACAUUAUUAUCAAAUUGUGAGCCAAAAAUACAAUCUGAAUUGGUUAUUAGUAGGCAAAAGCAACAAGAAAUUUUAAACUGGCUUCAAAACAAAGCGCAUAGAGGAAAGCCAACUGUAUUAGUUAUUUCUGGUUCAUCAGGUUGUGGAAAAACUGUUGCUAUAAAAUUAUUAGCUAGGGAAAGUGGUUUUGAGAUUACAGAAUGGAUAAAUCCUAUAGAUCAAAUAAUGGAUGAGAACAAUAGGGUAAUGAGACAGAAUGAUAAAUUUGAGGACUACAUGGUGAGAGCUACUCGAUAUAAUUCUGUAUUAUCCAAUUGUCGCAAACGUCUUUUAUUAGUUAAGGAUUUUCCUAAUAUAUACUAUGAGGAUAAAGAAAGUUUUCAUUCAAUGUUACACAAAUACUUUGAAUUUGGAAGAGAUCCUAUAGUGUUUAUAUGUACAGAUAAGGAGGGAAGUUCUAGAUUACUACAAACUUUAUUUACGCCUCAUAUAAGAGAAAAAUUUGAUAUUUCUUUCAUCAGUAUAAAUCCUGUUACACAAACAGCAAUGAAAAAUAUGUUAAAAAGGGUAUCACUGAUAUUAAAUUCAACAGCAGAAAAUUUAUUACAAAUAAUGCAACAACAAAUUGAUGAGAUUUUAUCCAAUAAUAUUGGCGAUGCCCGCAAUGCUUUAUUGAAUAUCAUAUUUAUUUCACUUAAAGUACCAGAAGAAUUGUUGAAAAAUGAGUGUACUAACCGUAAAGAGAGUCUGGGAUUACUGCACGGGAUCGGUAGAGUUAUUAAUCCUAAAAGGAUAGAAAUAGAAAAUUCAUGGAAAUUUGUUCAUAAUCCUGAUGAAAUAGCAGAAUAUUUUCAAUCACAAACAUCUACAUUUCUGUAUUUUCUUCAUGAAAAUUAUAUAAAUACUAUUAGAUUUAUAGAAGAAUCAAGUAUAAGUGCUGAUGUCUUAAGCCUAGCAGAUAUCCUGAAUUUAGAAUGGCGUGAUACAAAUCUGAAUAAACUUAGUUUAUCCUUAAGUAUACGUGGUAUAAUGGUAGCUAAUGAAUCACCUGUCACUGGAUGGAACCCAGUACGGAAACCACAGUAUGACAAAACUAUUGUACGAAACUCAUUAGACGAUGCAGAAAGUCAGUGGUACAAGUCGCUAAUUGUUAAAGAUAAAAAUAUAAUGAUCAAGUCUGAUGCUGAUACGGAAGAAAUAAGUGAUUGAAACAUUGUAUCGAAUUGUCUCGAAAAAAUAAGCUGAUUUUGGAAUACGCUUAAAUAUAAGUUUUCUUAUUUUUCUA